AUGGCCAUGAUGGGCAAUAUGCCGCCCAAAAAGAGCGCUCCGAAGCGCAAAGGCAACCAGAAAACCUUACGGGAGAGACGAGAUGUUGACAUCAUGAACACAAACGACAGCAGCAUUGUAUCCAAAAGGAGUGUUUCUAAACUGUACCUCACAAAUGAACCAGACUUCUAUGAGCCAUUCGUCCCGAAAUUUGUUCGACGCAACCCUUUGAUCAACCGCGGAUAUUGGCUACGCAUGCACGCCAUUGAACAGGCUGUCCGUAGAUUUCUGGAAUUGGAAAAUGACAAGCAGAAGAUUGUGAUAAACUUGGGAUCUGGCUACGAUCCGUUACCUUUCCAAUUCUGGCAUAGGUAUGCUUCUCUUGCAGAGUCGGCCACAUUUGUAGAUGUCGACUACCCGCAGUUGAUGGAGCGGAAACGAGAUCGUAUGCUCAGUAAUAGCCUUCUUCGAGACGCUUUGCUCAAGACCAAGCUCCGCACAUCCGAGCAGCCUGUUUACCUUCGAAGUGACGGCUAUAUGGCACUGGGCUGUGAUCUAAAAGACCUUGUAACGCUUGAACGUGUUUUACGGGCCGAGUUCGACAUUCCGGCGGCCUCAGUCCUGUUCGUCGCCGAGGUUUCUGUGACUUACAUGCCGCUAAAAGACUCUGAUACUCUCAUACAGUGGGCUAGUACCCUGGAAGACGAACAAUAUCUGCCACAGGGCCCGGAACAUCCCUUUGCCAAGACUAUGUUGUCUCACUUCGACAAACUACAGGCAUCAAUCAAGGCGGUCAAGUUACACUCCUCGCUGGCUCAGCAAGCGUCUCGUUUCCGCAACGCGGGUUGGCCAACACUAAUCAUGGCCCGCAAUCUAUGGGACCUUUGGUCGGAUGAUUCCUUUACUCCUCCCACUAUCAGGCGCGGGCUAGAUGCCUUUGAGCCGUUUGACGAGUGGGAAGAAUUUGCGCUUUUUGGCGGUCAUUACUUCCUACUUGUUGCAUCAAAUGCGGAACAAGGGACAUCUACCGAGAAAUUGUGUGAUGAGACAGCCAUCAAAGAGUGCAGCAAAGCUACCGAUGCGGAGAGUAUCACCUUACAAUCUUGGAAGCAACCAACCGGUGAAGCCCUGACAGCGCGACGUUUCACAGCUGCAUUCGCUCUUGACAGGGACUCGGUGGCCAUCCAUGGUGGACAAGGGACACAGGCCCGUCUCGCUGAUAUGGAUGUGUUGAAGCGACAAGAUGAUAUCGAGGAUCGCACGACCCAACCUUCUAGCCAGCUGCCUACUGCACGCAUGUGCCAUACUAUCACAUCAAUGUCCAACGGUGAAGCACUGUUGGUCGGAGGACGCGGAUCGCCAACGCAGGCUUGUGCAGAUUCAUGCUGGCUGUUCAAGGACAGGACUUGGACCAGAGUGGAUGGCCUCGUGCCAGCUCGCUACCGGCAUUCUGCCGUCGCCGUUAUGUUGGGGUGUGGGGACACACAAGAACACGGUGUCCUUGUCUUCGGUGGCAAAGCCAGUGACGGCACAGUACUCGAUGCCGAUGACUGCUGUGCCCUAUGGACUGCCAACAACGGAUGGCACAGCAUUCCCGUCGACGGAGCGCGUCCGUCUGCACGCUUUGGUGCCGCCAUGUCUACGAUCGACUCAGCACAAAAUCGCGGGUUGCUGACAGGAGGUGGGAACCAAAGCGGCGUGGUUGUGGAGGACGCCGUGUGGGAGUGGUCCAUUUCCGCACCAACACCACGACUAAGAUUUAAUGACCGCACCAAUGACGUCCGCAGCAAUCUGGAAAACUCUGCAUAUGCACGUAUAGGUUCCAGCCUGGUUCCUUGGGGCAAGUCGUUGAUGAUGAUUGGAGGUGUUUCAAAGAAGCAUAUCCACAGUCUGUCAGACGACUUUCUACUUUUAACAUGCAGUGACACGACUAUAGAGGUGGAACAACCCAGUAUGCAUGUGUUGCCACCAACAACAUGGCCUUUGCUAGUGGGUGUAGGGGCCGUUUCAACCUCCGCAGGCGAGAUUGUGCUUACAGGAGGGGGAGCGGUAUGCUUCUCGAUGGGAAGCUACUGGAACGAGGAUCCGCUCAUUCUCACUGCUGGGUCUAAGCAAGGGUCAAAGCCAUGGCGUCGUGUUGUGCCGAGUCAUAGCAGCGGCACAGCAGGCACGGUACAAGCGAAAGUCGCUGGAGCUGCACCUCAAACUCGGCGAAAGCAAGUUUGUGCGAAGAGGAAGCCCGAUAUCUCUGCACGCACUACCGAGAUCACGAGGGUACAGCUCAAGUCGUCAGAUGACUUUGCAAGCCUAGUUGCAGCUUCCAAACCCGUCAUCAUCGAAGGUCUCGAUAUCGGGCCGUGCACAGACCUGUGGACUCUAGACUACCUGAAAGAAAAACUUGGCCCCCAAAGAGAACUCGUGAUCCACGAGUGUCCGUCAGAUCGCAUGACGUUCAAGGACAAGAACUUUGCCUACGUAAAAAAAUCGGUGGCAGACUUCUUAGAUGGGAUUGCACAAGGCUCGCACGCAUAUCUUCGCGCCGUAUCAUCAAGCCAACCAAACAAGCUGCCCACUAAACUUGAAGAUGACUUUCCCAACAUUGCCAGCGACUUCAGGUUGCCCGAUGUUUGCAGUGUAGUGAAGGAAAACUACCAUUCCUCUCCCCUCCGUAUCUCGGGCCCUGUAUCCCUCUGGCUCCACUACGACGUCCUCUCCAACGUCCUCUGCCAGAUUCGCGGUAACAAAACUCUUUAUCUCUACCCUCCAUCUGAUGUCUCAUAUCUAGACUACCCGCCUGGAGGCUCAUCUUCCAACACUGAUGUACUAACCUCCAAGCACCCCAAACUGCGGAACACACAUCCCCAUGUCGCUUCCCUCAAGCCCGGUGAUAUUCUCUUCAUACCGCCCAUGUGGAGUCAUACCGCUACGCCAGAGGAUGGCGUAAGUGUAGCAGUCAAUGUUUUCUGGAAGGGAUUGGACAAGGGGUAUGCGGCUGGUAAAGAUGUCUACGGAAACAGAGACUUGCAAGCGUAUGAGAAUGGUAGGAGGGAUGUCGAGAAGAUCGUGAGAGCGUUCAAGGACAUACCUGUUGAUGUAUCACGGUUUUACCUGGAGAGGUUGGCCGGCGAGAUUUUGGAAAGAGCCAAGAAGAUGGGGGAGAAGAAGAUUUGA